UCUAAAGGCAAUAUUGAAAGAGCGAACUUAAAGGGCAAAGGGGUUUAGGGUUUUUCUCAAAAUCCAGAUUCCAAUAGGCAAUAGCACAGGCGUUCGAGAGCUAGGGAUAAGAAAAAGGUGGAAUAUGGAUACAUUCUCCUCGCCGUCUGUUGGAUCUUCGCCAAAAUUCUCGACUGAGGAUUUGAUGGGUCAGCUCAAAGUACAGCUUGCCCAGGCUUACGCUGAGGAAUUCCUCGAGACUGUGCGAGGAAAGUGCUUUGAGAAGUGCAUCACCAAACCUGGCAGUAGCCUAAGUGGGAGUGAGAGCAGUUGUAUCUCCAGGUGCGUGGAUCGAUAUAUUGAGGCCACUGGAAUAAUUGGCAGGGCCCUUUUCAAUGCACAGCGCUGAAAUAACUAUUGAAGAACUUUACAGUCUUACGAAUUCAUGGAUAACCAAGUAUGAGUAGGCUUGGAAUCACGAUCCUUUUGAUAAAUUUUGACAUUGCUUCUGGUAAUAGAUGAAGAACUAUAAACUAAAGGUUGGACGCAUAAACAAUUUGCCUCUGUAUGUUGGUUAAUUUUGAAAAUUUUCUAUGGAGUAAUCAAUUUUUUAUCCAUAAA